CUGGACUGCUCGCCUUCAGGAUCUCAGAGAGUGUAGAAGACAUCUCUACCCCAGUACCCCACCCACCCAUCCUGGAGAGAGAUGGGUGCCGGGCAGCUGCUGACAAUCUAUCUGAUUGUCUCCAUCAGUAUCGCUGGGACUGAGUCUUCCCCGACCACUGUGAAUGGAACUCAGGGACAGUCGGUCUCCUUACCUCCUGGGAUCCCAGUCAGACCGGACAUUGCUGAUGUUGAUUGGAAUCGGGUAUCAACCAGAAACACGAUAGUGAAGUACUCAAAGGGGAGCGUUACCUACUUCGGUACCGAGGAGUACAAGCGACGGAUAACUCUUCAUCUCGGGAACUUCAGUCUGGAAAUCCGUGAUCUACGGAGAGAGGACUCCGGUGAUUAUGAGGUGAUAUUUACAACAGGUUCAGGAGAUGAAAAGAAAUCAACAGUGUGGCUGCAGUUGUACGAGCCGGUGUCAGGAAUAGACAUCAAGCUUCAGAGCACUGGGACCUGUGUGCUCAAGCUGACCUGCUCCGUGACCUCGGGUGAGCCCACGAGUUUCCAGUGGUGGAGGGGAGGAACAGCUGUGAAGAACGACAGCAUCCAUCACCUCUUGGGACACGGAGAGAUGGUAGAGGUUCAUCUGACAGCAGAGAUCCUGGAUGUUGUGUACAAGUGUGAGGCCAAGAACCUCGUCAGUAAGGGCACGAAUGAGUUCCGGUUGAAGAAUACCUGUCAACGGGGUACAACUGAAUCUAGUAGAACAACAAUAGCGGCAACAGCAACAGUAGCAAUAGCGGCAACAGCAACAAGGUCUAUGCUUCAGAAAAUGACCCUGAUGGUGGGACUGCCUGUUCUGGGGGUCAUCCUGAUCGCCCCUCUUAUUGUGAUUCUCGUGAUCAAAUGCAGGAGGAGAGCUGCAGGGAGGGAAACAUCCUCAAACACGGAAGAGCCAGAAGCAUCGGACACUAUUUAUGCGAAUGUGGUGCGAAGAGAGAACUGUCAUAACAACAGGCAGCACGCUGAGGAGAACAAGCGGGAUAUGGACGAACACUGCGUUGGUACCUACGAAUCUCCGCCAUUCCAAGCUCCUCGGACGAUGUACUGUUGAUGCUGAUCUCCUGG